UUACGCGCCGCGCCGAGUCCGCGGCGGGGCGUAGGUACCGGCUCCCAGCUUUGGAGUCUGGGUUGGGCGUCGCGGACCCCGCAGGCAGCGAGGCCGGGCGGGCGGGCUGCGGCGCCCUGCGCCCCUCGCCAGGGUCGCCAUGCAGGGCCCUGCCGGGAACACGAGCCGCGCACUGCCAGGCGGGCCGCCCUCCACCGUCGCGUCCGGGGCGGGCCGCUGCGAGAGCGGCGCACUCAUGCACAGUUUCGGCAUUUUCCUGCAGGGGCUGCUCGGCGUCGUGGCCUUCAGCACGUUGUUGCAUACAUCUGUCUGUCUCUACCCACCUAGCACAUCUUGGGAAAGACACACAAGAUCCAGGUUGGCCAGCUGUCAAAUUGGGAGGAGGAAAGUAUGGAGCCCCAGAGUCAAACGCUUCAGAGAACCAAAGCAUGAAAGACGUCCGUGGAGGAUAUGGUUUUUAGACACUUCCAAACAAGCCAUAGGAAUGCUAUUCAUCCACUUCGCAAAUGUAUACCUAGCAGAUCUCACUGAAGAGGACCCUUGCUCAUUGUACCUCAUCAACUUCCUCCUGGACGCCACUGUGGGCAUGUUGCUCAUAUACGUGGGUGUGCGUGCUGUUAGCGUCCUGGUGGAGUGGCAGCAGUGGGAGUCCCUACGUUUUGGCGAAUAUGGAGACCCUCUGCAGUGCGGAGCCUGGGUCGGCCAGUGUGCCCUUUACAUUGUGAUCAUGAUUUUUGAAAAAUCUGUCGUCUUCAUCGUCCUCCUAAUACUUCAGUGGAAGAAGGUUGCCCUGUUGAAUCCCAUUGAGAACCCAGACCUGAAGCUGGCCAUCGUCAUGCUGAUCGUCCCCUUCUUUGUCAAUGCUCUGAUGUUUUGGGUAGUGGACAACUUCCUCAUGAGAAAGGGGAGGACGAAAGCUAAACUAGAAGAAAGGGGAGCCAACCAGGACUCAAGGAAUGGGAGCAAGGUCCGUUACCGAAGGGCCGCAUCCCAUGAGGAGUCGGAGUCUGAGAUCCUGAUCUCAGCUGAUGAUGAGAUGGAGGAGUCUGAUGUGGAGGAGGACCUUCGGAGACUGACCCCCCUGAAGCCCGCAAAGAAAAAGAAGCACCGCUUCGGGCUACCUGUAUGACACAUUCCCGAGCUGGGGUCAGGUUGGGGGUGAGUUGCCAGGUCAGCCGAGGGUCGCUCCACUGCGUCGUCCCUCCCCUCCUCUCUGCCCCUUUUCUACCUCCACUCUUCCCAUGGCCUAUGCCUGUUCCUGGACAACUGUGACUCAAGGGAAGGAGGCCAUUGCCCCGGCCAUGGCAGCUGGAGGUCCUCACGCAGUUGCACUACAAACACUGACCAAAUAUGCAAGCGAGGCGUUUUGUUUGUUGUCGUCCUGAGUGGUGUUGUGAGGGACCCCGAAGCCCUGUCCUGCGUCUGUCCAGGUGGCCUCAAGGACGAGAACUCACAUGCACACAGAUCAAGCCUCAGGGGAACAUGAAGAUGUAACACAUUUGGAGCAAAGGGUUACUCAUUGACCAAGUUGGAACCGGAUGCUUUCUUACUCGAAAUGGCUUUUGUAACUAUUGAUUUCUAUAGCCGGUUUUAAGAGCUGUCACAGUGUUAAUGUUUUUUGAGUAUGUGUUCAUUUCCUAUGGGACUAAUGGGCAAAACAUAGAUUUUUAAGUCUUCCUUAUGCUGUUGACUUUUAUAUUUUUAAGUUAUAUUUUCAUACUAUUGUAUUUAAAAACUCUUUUUAAUCCCCAAAGAAAUGGGUUUGUUUGCCUUUAAUGGGAUAGGAACUGGUGGGAGGAAAAAGUUGGGAGUUUUUUAUUUGGAAUGCCGUUAGGUAAUCUAUGAUCAGAUGAGGUAAAUGAUUCCGGUAGGAAGGGAGAUGGGCACUUAUCUGAAAUUAGCAAACCCAGUGAUUCUGGAAAGGUCAGGCCUGAGCAGGAAGGGGCCAUGGGGAACGUGGAUCCAAGGCCUCCUGUGCACGUGGAAGUGGAUGUGCUCUGCUGAGGGCCCACAAGCUCCUUGGCACUUUGGCUAACAGGUUAGAGGACGCAGUUAAAGUGACCAAGAAAGAAGUGUAAGAGGACCUUGUGUUUAGAGAAAUCGAGACUCCCAAGCCACCACUUUUUGUUCCCUGCCUCUCUUCAGGGCCUCCAAAUCUGCAAUUGAAAUUGCAGUCUCAACCUCCUCACCUCCUACUGGUGCAGCCUUGAGAACCAGCCUCCGGGCCCAGUUCUGGGAACCUCCUCUCAGGCCGCCCCAGGCCUGGCAUCACAGUGCCGUUAACUUGUUUUGCGCAGCAUUCUAGAGAACACCUGCCUGACCAAGUGAUCCUAUUUUUCACUUCCUCCAAAGCUGCAAGGUGGCUGGGACCAGGCGGGUGGAGGUGAGAGAGCUCAUUCUCUGCGUCCAUAGGCAGGAUGAGGUGCUUCUAAGCUUGUGGCCCCCAUUCCUCAGCAUGGGCGCAGGCCCCCGUGGCUUGGAGCCUGCUACCCGCCAGUGGAAGGGGCUGACCUGAGUACUUUCCCUGCUGUGGGAACAGUAAGGUGGAGCAGCCCAGUGUUUUGUAACAGCUGGAAGCAGCCAUGAAAGUUUAGGAGUAGAAAACCGUACCACUAAGAUGCAAGCUGGAAGUGAGAUGGUGGAGGGAGGCUACACCACCCAGAAACUUCCUUAUACGUAGAAACAUGUCGUAGAGUUCCCAUUGUAGCACAGUAGGUUAUGGACCCUGUAUGGUCUCUGUGGUAGUGCAGGUUUGAUCCUCAGCCCAGGAACUUCCAUAUGCCCAUGGGUGCAGCCAAAAAAGAAAAACAAACAAAAAAACAAACGUGUUUCCCUCGAGCAGGUUGGGUCUGAAUUGUGAAUGUGAGCCAUGCUGUUACCAGGCACCCUGGGCUGUGUCCUGCCUCCCACAGCCUCGCCUGUCCAGGACGUGAGUGGGGGCAGGCCUUGAGGACAGCUUCUCAGCCCGUCUUCCUCUAGGAGUCCAGAAACCAGGGGGCCGGGAGGAGCCAGGACCUGAACUGCAUUCGGCGGUGACUCUGCUAGGGCGGGUAUCUGCAACUAGAAAGUGAGGCAGCAGCUCAGUGGGUGAAGUUGAGCCCAUUUCCACUCUCCAUUGCUUCUGCUUCACUUUGUGCCCUUCCACCCUUCCAUCCCAGGCUGGGUUAGUAGGUGGCUCCCCAUUCAGAAAGACCAGGACUGAUGGUGGUCCUGGUAGAUGGUAGGUAGGCUUCACCUACUCGCCUUUCUUUGCCCUCCUGUUUCACUUUAUUUUUAUUUCUUUUUUUUUUUUUUUUUUUUGCUUUUUAGGGCCACACCUGCAGCAUAUGGAAGUUCCCAGGCUGGGGUCCAAUCAGAGCUACAGCUGCCAGCCUACACCAGAGCCACAGCAACACUGGAUCCGAGCCACAUCUGCAACCUACACCACAGCUCACGGCAAUGCCAGAUCCUUAACCCACUGAGCGAGGCCAGGGAUCGAACCUGCAACUUUAUGGUUCCUAGUCGGACACAUUUCCGAUGCACCACGAUGGGAAUUCCUGUUUCACUUUGAACAACUUGUGGCUGGGGUUGUUUCUUGCACCUCCCUGAGCCCAGAAUCAGAGCUUUUCUUUCAGUCUUGAGCUGUUAAUGUUUCCAAACCAGUGAUAGGUUUUGGGGGCAGCCACAGUCUGUUAAGGAAGGAAACUAUGGGUUAUACAGACCCCAUAUGAUCUGCUCACGAGGCUCGUCCCAGGGUCUGUUAGGCAGUGGGUCUGCGGACAGAGAGGUAGCAAGCAAGUGGUGACUUCUCCCUGCAUCCUGUUUUCAAAGGACUUUAGCCGCAGUUGUAUGGCUGGCUAACGAGGUUAUGGACAUCUAACAGGGUGUCUGAACAUACUGGGCCUUGUCAGCAUGAAGGCCCGGAAGGCGUGGCCUCACAUGUUUGGCCUUACCCUCCUCCUGUGUGUGGAGGGGGGGACACACACACAGGAGUUUGUAUUCCUUGGGAGUGCCUCUUGGAGUUGCUAAGGCCUUUUCUGUGGUGCACUGUCCCAAGACAGAGCAGAUGCAAAGAGCCGUGAUCAGGACUUCUUUCAGAGCUGUCCUCCCUCCCUGGGUUGAGUUUCCUCACCACCUGGUCCAAGGUGCCUUAUGAGGUGCAGCUCCUCACCUGCCACUUGGUAAGCAUCACUGUGCUUGAGAAACCACGGAAUACCAACUGGAUAGUGUGUGCUGCGCAUCUGAUUUGUCCGAGUCUUGACUUCAGCCAAGACACUUAGAAUGAGAAAUUGUGUCAGGGUCAUGAGCAAGUUUCUUGUCACCAAUGGAAGUAACCUAAUGAGGUGGAACUUUCAUAUCUGAAUGGAAGAGAUCAUUAUUGGCCCUUUUUUCCUUUUGCUGCCAGUGGAAUGUUGACAGUGGCAAAGAGGUGAGAUCCUGGGCAACAGUGGCUUCUUGGUCUGUUCAGCCCAAAGACCUGCCACAUGAAGGACAUGUGGCCUUUGGACAUGCUGGUGGCCUCCUGCCUCAAGCUUUAACCUGUGCCUCUUCCUAACAACAAGGAGUCGUGCGUUAGGUGUUGACUUACCACACCUUUAAAGGAAAAAUACAUAAAGGCCCAAAUUCAACUUGUUUCUUCCUCUAAGCAGUGUGAGCCUAGAGGCUGCAGCCCAGGAUCCUUGUCCGAAGGCUGCCCCAGGACCCUGGAGGGAGCCACAGCUGUCAGCAGCUUUCUCUGCCCUCCGGACUGCAAUUCACUGGCCUUUUUGCAGCCAGACCAACAUAGAUGGCUCUGGGAACUUGCCAUCAGCCAGAACAGCUACCUUGUGGGGUGAAGGGCUGGCCUUUAGAAGUUUUACACAUUUCCAACUAGGAGUGGAGAGCUCUUGGUUUUACUCUGUGAAAUACUGGCAGCUCUAAAGGGCGUUGCUCUCGGGGAGGGACCUGGGGCUCCUGAGUGGGUGGGUGGGUUGGUUUAAUUUGAUUUCUGUUUUCAUGAUGUUUGUUAGAAGUCCAACCUAUGUGAGCAAACCGUGGCCUACUUCCACUGCCCUCCCGGUGGGGGUGGUUAAAUCAGUGGUGUUGGGAUUCACAGAAACACGUUGCUGAAAUGAAAGGGAAGACGAUGUACUUACAUUGUAAAAUGGUUUACAAUAAAGAUGACAUCUUAUUACAGUUUUUAAACAAAGAA